AUGGCAAAUUUAAGAAAGGAUGAAGAGGCUGACGAUUUAAAAUGUUUAAAAGAUCAAGAAAAAGAAGUACCAAAAGACGAAACGAAACAGCUUUUUAGUGAUAAUUAUUAUGCUAUUCAAGAAGAAGAAUGUCCAAAAUAUCCAUAUGAUGAGGAAGUCGAUAAUGAAGAUUGGGACCAUUGGACUGGACCACACAAAAGUGAUGAGUGUGUUGAAGAACAGCUUGAAGAAAGUGCUUCUGAAACACCACGUGUUGAGAUUACAAAUUCCAAAAUUUAUUCUAAAUCACAGUCAGAUGAGAGAGCAUUUUUCGCUGUUUCUGAAAAGAUUUUCCAAAAAUAUACCGCCGCGCUGUUAUUAAUGUUCAGGGAAGACAGACCUGCUGCAAGGAAGUCUGCAAAUGACGAAGCUAUAUCUCUUGCAGGUUAUCCUUGUUGCAGCUCUUGCUGCUGUGUGUCUCUCGCCCAGCACUAUGGAGCACCAGCUCAUGGUUACGCUCAACCAGAGCAUUACCCACCCCAACCCUAUGAUUUUGGAUAUGAAACCAACGAUGAUUACGGCACCGUCACCUUCCGCAAGGAAAGCGGAGAUGGACACGGAAGAGUACAAGGCAGCUACGGAUACAAAGAUCUCCACGGUAUUGAACGAGUAGUACAGUACGUCGCCGAUGAGCACGGUUACAGAGCUGAAGUCAAGACUAACGAACCUGGAACUGAAAGCCAGCAACCAGCUGAUGUUGUCCUCCACGCCAACCCAGUCGUUGUCGAUGAGCCUAAACACGGAUAUGGAGCCCCUGCCCAUGGAGGAUACUCUGCACCCCUCCCCCGUUACGCUGCUCCCCAUGCUCCCGUCUACUCCGCACCCCGACUUGCCGCCCCUGCUCACCCUAGAUAUUAGAAGCAUGCUUCUCUUCUACCUUUCCUUCUAUUCUGCCUUCGUUGUGAGCAUCUUUUCACUCCAAUAUUUUCCGAUUUCUUCUUGACAAUUCUCCUACAGAAGGAUUAGUCGACUAGAGCUUCUAUCUGCUGGAAAUGUGUACCUGCCUCACUAGCGUGAGAAUUUCUUUUUUUCCAGUGGAUGUUUCCUUGGUAAUUCUGAGCUAUCCAACGAAAAACUUUUCUUAUUUAUAUUUAUAAAUUUUCUGUUUCCUCAACAAUGUUUCUCUCCUGUUUGUUUUAUUUAUUGAAUAAAAUGUAUAAUAACCAGCUAUUUUGUUAUGUUUAAGCAUAAAUAAAAGUUGUUUUUACAUAAA